ACCAAAUAACUACUUAACUAUAAUAGUUCUGCACAGUGCUGUACACCAUAUUAUACUUAAUACUUAUCUAAAUAUCUAAACACAGUCCGCUCUAUUGAUUUUGUAGGUGUUUUUGUUAGGCAAAUAGUACUUAAAGGUGUUUGUGAUAAAUAUUCGAAGAAUUAUUUUUAAAGAACAAUAAGAAUUAUUGCUACUUAUAAAAUGGAAAUCCUUUAGUUUAAUGUACGACCUAAAAAACUAAUAAAAUCAUGUGGAAAUAUGUAACACGUAGAAUUAGGGACACAUUCGAAAGGAGCGCGAAUCAUUUUGAUAAAUGUAGUUAUGCGGUAGUAAAUCCUUCAAAUAAUUUUCCUGAUGAUAAAAAUAAGAAAUCUCCUUGCUGUUGGUUUGUUUCCAAAAACUGUUGGAAUUCUUUUCAAAGUGAAAACGAGACAAACCGCAAUAGAUGGAAUUUCGAGCAAUUAAACCGCACUUGGAUUGGUGCCAUUACAUGGAGUAGUGCUCUUGUAUUUAGUUGGUAUACAAGUCAGCUUAUCCAAUUGAAGUUCAAGAAGCAAUAUUCUAAUGACAACAAGUUACAAUGUAUACCCAGAAGAGAAAUCUUCAACCUUACACCAUUGUUGACAGCUAUACCUAGACAAAACUUGAGUCCAUUGGAUAUAAAAAACCAAAUAGAUGUAGCUUUGAAUUGUGUGUCUCCUGUAAUUCAUCUAAUAUCAAACGAAAAUUAUGAAGGUGCGAAUGCCAGUUGCAGUAACAGUGCCAGUGGUAGUUCAGACUCAUCUGAUACUGAUUUAGGAGAAGUAUUAAAUUCUAUUGAAAAUAGACUUGGGUUGGCAGCCAUUGAAAAUGGACAGCAACAAGAAGGUCUCAACUUACUUCGAUCAGCAGCCCAUCGCAAUCAUGCUCCUGCUUUAUACAACCUAGGUCUUUGUUAUGAAUUGGGUUUAGGUGUGGCUGUGGACGAGAAAAAAGCAAUGGAGUAUUAUCGAUCAGCAGCAGCCCUACAACAUCCCGGAGCUCUUUAUAACCUCGGAAUAUAUUAUGGUCAAGGACGUGGUGGCCUUUCCCGUGAUAAUGUCACCGCUGUUCGACUACUGAAACUUGCAGCAGUUCAGGGUCAACAGGAUGCUGUAACAGCUUUGAAAGCACUAAAAGAAGAUACUCCUAGUAGUGAUUUUUCACCUAAUGCCAAUACUUGGGAAAAUAACCAGUCUCAGUUUACAAAACAUUCAAAUAUUGUUCCAAUUCCUACUGCACUUUUUGUUGAAAAUGUUAGAUCUUGUUAAGAAAAAAAUUACAAAACUACUAAAUAUGAUAUUUUCUUAAGUAUUCCAACAUUUUAAAAUGGUAAUGGCUUUUCUGUUGUCUGUUUUUUAAAUGUUAUUUUAAAACUUAUCUUAAUAACUUUGAAUUUCGGACAUUAUUGAAAAAUGUUCAGUGUUUCUUACUGUCAAAUUAAAAAUGAUAAAUUAUAAAAUGUAUAUUAAUUAUUUGUAAAAUCAAGGUCUUUUCAUUUUCAACAAAAAAGAAUUUUUGAUACUAUGAAAAUACCAAUUAUCUCUAUAGUUGUUCUAAACAAAAGAUAUCUCAUAAAAUAGAGGACUAAUAGUGGUUGUAAUUUAAACGGAAUUAAAUUCCAUUUAUUAGUUUGUAAGUGUAAGGAUUUUUCUUUUUUUUAGGAUAUCUCGCAUUUGUAAUGUAAACAAGAACAAUAUAAGGACAAUUUUUUUAUGACUAAGGAAAUAUCGAAUAUCAUAGUUAUUUGAAACAAUAAUAAGGGUUUUAUUUAGUAAUGGUACAAUAAAAAACAAAGUGACUUUACCCCAUGGCAUCAUCUAUUCUCUCAGUUUUUUAUUAUGAUAUAAAAUAUAAUACAAAUGUUUCCAAAGCAGUUUGUCACCUUGUGAUCAGCUUAAUCAUACUAACAAGUUGCUUAGUAAAUUGAUGAUGAGUUACUCCACAUGUGGUUAUAGUUGGGUUAUAAAUAUAAUGUUUAUGCUUGUUUUAAUGUAUAUGCGCUUUAGAUCCGGUUAAAUAAUACUGUAACUGAUUGAAUAUUGUAUUUAAAUUUCAGUUGAAAUUUAGUUGUUAUUUGUUUUGAUAUUAUUUAAAAAUAUCACAUUUUAAUAGUCAAUUGUCACUCCUGAGAAGUCUUUUUAAAAAAAUUAGAUUUGAAGGAAGAUAUUUAGAUUAUUCAUUUUUCCAAAAAUAAAAUAAAAAUUAAAAUACAAUAUUGCUAAGAAACUGUUACCUCACUCGUGAAACGGUUAUCCAUGUACAUUACACCAUUAAAAUUGUAACUAAACAAAAAAUCAAUAGUCAAUCUUUUUAAUUACAUUCAAUUAGAAGUCAUUAAUUAAUUUAAAAGUUUUAAUAGAAAACAACACAAUUAUCUGGGGAAGAUCAAUUUCAUAAUGUAAAUCGGUGGAAGGAUAAUCGUAACCAAAUUUUUUUGCAUCAGUAACAAAUGCGAAACACAAAUCAGUGCGAGGAAAUCAAUAGUUUCAAUUGUUACCAUUGUUUGAUGCUGACCAAGAUUUGAGCACGAGGGAACAAAUAAUAGAGAAAGUUAAAAAUAACGCACAUAAUUUCUGACAAUAGAAUACAUUUGACAUUGACUAGACCUUAUUAACUGCUUUAAUUUUCGAUGUUCGUUAAAAUAUGCUUUGUGCAAUGCUAAACGCACUGAAUCACUAUAAUUAAUGUUUAGUAUCUUUAACUGGUCGGUUUACAACGUUAACCAAUGUGUGUAUGUGCAACUUGCCCCUAUGAACGUUUUCACUGAUCUUCUAAAUAGUCUAUUUUAUACAACACACAACAUUACUUAUUUAAAAAAAUUGAUACAUUUUCGUAACAAUCACAAUAUCUAGAUUGUAUUGCAGAAAAAUACGUGUGGGAAUGAAAUAUUAUCUAAGUGAUUACCACUAUAAACAAAACAAAAAAUCAAACAUGAAUGGUGAAUGUUGUACAGAAACCCUCCAUCAAUCUGUAACAAAACGUUUUUUAUAUAUCCAUCUAUGCUCAUACUUAAAGCUGAAGAUCGUUCAAACAUGCUAAUUAAGAAAGAUAAUAAAGCUUGAAAAUGCUUCUAGAUUACCAAUGAGCUAUAAUUAAAAUAUUUCGAGGCUUAGGUGAAAUUAAGGAUGGUGUUUAAUAAAAAAAUAUACAUUUAAA